AUGCCGAAUCCGCUCCUGUUCGUCGGCAAGGGCGCGGCGCUGACGGCGGCGGCCCGAGCGGCUGACAAGGCGAACGAAGGCGGCGGAGCAUUCCAGCGGCUGGGCGAGGGCCGCGGCGCGGCAAUCCGGCUCGCGUGGCCGGCGGAGGCGCUGCACACCGUGCCGCACGAGAGGCGGGCGGCGGCGGGCGACGCGGACGACCCGUUCGCGCACGGCCGUCCGAUCACCAAGAGGGCGAGGCGCGCGGCGGGCGAGCUGCGCGCCGUGCAGCACCAGGAACGUGCGGAGGCGCCCAGAGAGGCGGAGCUGGCGGCGGCAGAGGAGCGGACGGCGGAGCAGGCGGCGCUGCUGGCGCCGCUCGCGGCGACGGACACCACGGCGCGCCUGGCGAAGCGGAGGCGGAGCGCCCUCGUGGCGGCGGUGCUGCAUCAACCCAUUGCGGAGCCGGCGGGCCGGGCGGCUCAGAUGCUCGCGCCGCUCGGCGAGCACUUGAAGAGGCAGUGCGACGAGGUGGCGAAGCGGUGGGACGACUUCCAGACGGAGAUGGAGCGGCUUGACGAAGACGGCGGCGAUGCGGACAUGCGCUCCAACUUUGCGAACGGGAUGCGGGACGGGUAUCCGUGCCAGCAGCUCACCCUCGUGUUUCUGCAGUAUCUGCUGACGAGCCGCAUCCGACAGUCGCACGCGUCGCGGCGGCAGGGGUGUGAGCUCGUCGGGCGGGGGGCGAAGACGGUGGGGGUGCAGUUCAACAUCAUGCGGAGCCACGUGUGGCCGAUCCUCUUCGGCGAAAAGGGCUUCCCGGCGGGACAGGAGGCGAUGGCGUACUGGCGACCCAUCCGCGACCAUUUCUCGAGCCUCGUGGGAGGAGGGAGAGGGAGCGGCGGGGUCGAGCAGCUCGCCGGCGUCGCGCAGGCGGCGGCCAGCGCGUUGCAGGUGGCGGUGGGCGCGAACGCGACCACCGCGGCGGCGGCUGGCGACGCGGCGAGCCAGGCCGUGCAGCUGGCCAUGAGGGCGGCGACUGCGCCGAGCUUGACGCGACAGCACUUGGGCCAGACCGGCCAGUACAUCUUGCAGGACGCCCUGCUCAGCGAGUGGGUCGAGGUGAACGAGGCGUUCGUGCUCAACGCGUACGUCACCCUGGCGCGGCAGACCGGGUGUCGGCCCGGGAUGGUGGUCAACGUGGGCCACGACUCGGUCGAUCAGAACGGCGCGUGGGCCCACUGCGCGCCGCUCGUCUGGCAGGACCUGCUGGUCGGCAAGCUCGAGGAAGGGUUCUCGAGGUGGAUAUCCUUUGGCCGCGUUGGGUAG